UGGUUAAGGGGGGAGGUACUAAGGAAAACUUUGAAACUGACGUUUUUAAAAAGUAUUUUUUUUGUUCUUUCAGCUGGGGAUACAGAUGAUCCCCCACGAAUUGCCCCAAAUCCAGUCAUCAAUGGUAACGUAGCAAUGGCAGAUGGACACAACAACACAGAGGAAGACAUGGAAGAUGACACUAGCUGGCGGUCAGAGGCCACAUUCCGUUUCACCGUGGAACGGUUCAGUAGGCUCAGUGAGUCGGUGUUGAGCCCUCCUUGCUUUGUACGGAAUUUGCCAUGGAAAAUCAUGGUAAUGCCUCGCUUCCACCCUGAUCGGCCCCAUCAGAAGAGUGUUGGUUUUUUCCUACAGUGCAAUGCUGAAUCAGAUUCCACGUCAUGGUCUUGUCAUGCUCAAGCAGUACUAAAAAUAAUCAACUACAAAGACGAGGAAAAGUCCUUUAGUCGAAGGAUAAGUCACCUCUUUUUCCACAAAGAGAAUGAUUGGGGUUUCUCUAAUUUUAUGACUUGGAGUGAGGCAACAGAUCCUGAAAAGGGGUUCAUAGAAGAUGACAAGGUUACAUUUGAAGUAUUUGUUCAAGCUGAUGCACCGCAUGGUGUUGCGUGGGAUUCUAAGAAGCAUACAGGUUAUGUGGGAUUGAAAAACCAAGGAGCCACCUGUUACAUGAACAGCUUAUUACAGACUUUGUUCUUCACGAAUCAGCUGCGUAAGGUAGUGUACGAUUGGGCUGUCUAUAUGAUGCCAACAGAGGGAGAUGAUUCAUCAAAAAGUGUCCCUUUAGCAUUACAAAGGGUUUUCUACGAAUUGCAGCACAGUGACAAACCAGUAGGAACUAAGAAACUAACAAAAUCGUUUGGGUGGGAAACACUAGACAGUUUUAUGCAGCAUGAUGUCCAGGAGUUGUGCAGGGUGCUACUUGAUAAUGUUGAAAACAAAAUGAAAGGGACCUGCGUUGAGGGCACAAUUCCGAAAUUGUUUCGAGGGAAGAUGGUGUCGUACAUUCAGUGCAAACACUUGGAGUAUCGAUCUGAGAGAAUAGAAGAUUAUUAUGACAUUCAACUCAGUAUAAAGGGAAAGAAAAACAUUUUUGAGUCUUUCAAAGAUUAUGUAGCCGUGGAACAGCUGGAUGGGGACAACAAAUACGAUGCUGGUGAACAUGGUUUACAGGAAGCUGAAAAGGGUGUGAAAUUCCUUACCUUUCCACCAGUGUUGCAUCUACAGCUUAUGCGAUUCAUGUACGACCCGCAAACUGAUCAGAAUAUCAAAAUAAAUGACAGGUUUGAAUUUCCUGAGCAUUUGCCCUUAGACGAAUUUCUGCAGAAACCUGAUCCCAAAGAUACUGCUAAUUACAUACUACAUGCAGUGUUGGUGCACAGUGGAGACAACCACGGUGGACAUUAUGUAGUCUACCUAAACCCUAAGGGUGACGGUAAAUUCCUCACAAGACCAACACAAACAUCUGUGAAAGAGGGAUUGUCCCAGCUCUCCACAGCAUGCAACUGGAAUAGUUCUCCUUGGUGUAAAUUUGAUGAUGAUGUCGUAUCACGGUGUACAAAGGAAGAAGCAAUUGAACACAACUAUGGAGGUCAUGAUGACGACUUAUCUGUGCGACAUUGUACCAAUGCCUACAUGCUGGUAUACAUCAGAGAAUCAAAACUGAGUGAGGUUUUGCAAGCAGUCACUGACCUUGACAUUCCACAGCAACUGGUGGAGCGCCUGCAGGAAGAGAAGCGGGUAGAAGCUCAGAAGAGAAAGGAGAGACAGGAAGCUCACCUCUACAUGCAAGUUCAGAUCGUAACAGAAGACCAGUUCUGUGGACAUCAGGGGAAUGACAUGUAUGAUGAAGAGAAGGUGAAAUAUACAGUGUUUAAAGUACUGAAGAACUCAACACUUGCAGAGUUUGUUCAGAAUCUCUCACAAACAAUGGGAUUCCCUCAGGAGCAGAUCCGAUUGUGGCCAAUGCAAGCACGGAGUAAUGGAACAAAGCGACCGGCAAUGUUAGACUACGAAGCAGAUAGUAACAAAACUAUGAUUGAGUUGAGUGACAAUGACAACCCAUGGACUAUAUUUCUGGAAACUGUUGAUCCAGAGUUAGCUGCCAGCGGAGCAACGUUGCCUAAAUUUGAUAAAGAUCAUGACGUGAUGUUAUUCCUGAAGAUGUACGAUCCCAAGACUCGCAGUUUGAAUUACUGUGGACAUAUCUACACCCCUAUAUCGUGUAAAAUACGAGAUUUACUGCCAAUCAUGUGUGAGAGAGCAGGGUUUCCGCAAGGAACUAACCUUAUCCUCUAUGAGGAAGUAAAACCCAAUUUAACUGAAAGAAUUCAGGAUUAUGAAGUGUCCCUUGAUAAAGCACUUGAUGAGCUCAUGGAUGGAGACAUUAUAGUAUUUCAGAAGGACGACCCAGAAAACGAUUCCAGUGAGUUACCAACUGCGAAAGAUUAUUUUCGAGAUCUCUACCACCGGGUCGAUGUCAUCUUCUGUGAUAAGACUAUUCCAAAUGACCCAGGAUUUGUGGUCACCUUGUCAAAUAGAAUGAACUACUUUCAGGUUGCCAAGACAGUUGCACAGCGGUUAAACACUGAUCCAAUGUUGCUCCAGUUCUUCAAGUCUCAAGGUUACAGGGAUGGGCCUGGGAACCCUCUUAGACAUAAUUAUGAAGGCACACUUAGAGACCUGUUGCAAUUUUUCAAGCCAAGACAACCAAAGAAACUCUACUAUCAGCAGUUGAAAAUGAAGAUCACAGACUUUGAAAACAGACGAAGUUUCAAGUGUAUAUGGUUGAACAGCAGCUUUAGGGAAGAGGAGAUAACACUAUAUCCAGACAAGCAUGGAUGUGUCCGUGAUUUGCUGGAAGAAUGUAAGAAGGCUGUAGAAUUGUCAGAGAAAGGGUCCAGCAAACUGAGACUACUAGAAAUUGUAAGCUACAAAAUAAUUGGAGUCCACCAAGAAGAUGAGUUGUUAGAAUGUUUAUCUCCAGCAACUAGUCGCACGUUCAGGAUAGAGGAGGUUCCAUCAGAUCAGAUUGAUUUUGACAAAGAGAAUGAGCUGUUGAUCCCAGUCGCACAUUUCCACAAAGAGGUUUUUGGCACUUUUGGAAUUCCAUUCUUGCUGCGGAUAUCCCAGAGCGAGCCCUUCAGAGAGGUAAUGAAACGAAUUCAGAGCAUGCUUGAAAUCCAGGAGAAGGAAUUUGAGAAGUUCAAGUUUGCUAUUGUGAUGAUGGGCCGACACCAGUACAUAAACGAGGAUGAAUACGAGAUCAACCUGAAGGAUUUUGAGCCACAGCCCAAAGACUGGCCUGUUCCAGAUUCUCUACAGUUAACUGGUAAUAUGUCUCAGCCAAGACCAUGGUUAGGGCUUGAUCACUUCAAUAAAGCUCCAAAGAGAAGUCGCUAUGCAUACCUGGAAAAAGCGAUCAAAAUUCACAACUGACACACCAAUACACCUGACUUAGUCAGCAUUACGUGUCUUAAAAAAANUUUACAAGACACUGUGUGCACCCUUUCAACAACAGUAAAAAAUGAACUUUGGUACAUGUGCACCUUGUCAGAAGUCUUCAGCGACAGGAUUUGCUGCUGAUGCUAAUUUUAUUUUGUUGAGGCUGUUCAGUUUGGCUUCUCUGUAAUCUAUUGACUGCCUAUUUUCCAGAUGGAAAGAUGAAAAUGGUUUUAUCCUUUUGAAAGAGCGUUGCAGUUGGGUGUGAAUUCUUGCUUGUUUUUAGGUUUAAAAAAAAGAUGUUGUGGCAGGAAUAUGGCAGCAUAGUGAAUGAAGGAGCUGAGUAGUAAGAAAACAGCUAGUCAUUUGCUAAAUGGUUCCAUGCCUUUAGAUAACCCACAGCAGAUGGCAUAGGAUUCUCAUCUCUGGUUGGCUGCUAAUUGAAAGUGUCGUGAACAAAAUACCUUCACAAGCGCUCGACGCAGCCGGCAUGUUCAUGUUUACAGUCAUUUGGAUAGUUUUUUUUCUUUAUUUAGGUAGUUUGGAUGAAUUCAGAAUUUUUGUGAAUUUGUAAACACCUCCACCAUUCACAGCAUUAAUAAAUGGUGUCUGUACUUCAUGUUGCACAUUGUUGGCACUUAAUAUUAAGGAGAUACAUUAUUUUCCCAGCUGAAUGUGGUCUUUGAUUUAUUUUUAAACAUGAUAUGGGUUUUUUGUUCAUCCCAUACUCUUUGUAGAACACCUUGGCAAUAAUAAUAAAUCCGUACUCAUUGUAUCCUGCCUGGUGCGAGUUUGUAGGUCUGGCUAAGCUUGUUUUAUUUUGAUGCUGCAGCCAUUAGUAUUUGCUGAUGGUGACUGGCUGGAGUAGGCGGGGAGGGGUGGGGGGGGUUUACUGUGCUGCCUUUACUGUGGGCAAAUGUUUUUAAACCGAGGAAAAGACGGUGGCUGGAAAAGGGGCAAAGUCGAAAAGUCUUGAACGUGUUCUCUUUUUGUCAUGGUGAGAUGUGAAAAAUUAUACUUGACAAAAAACACACACAGCCUUUAUAGCACAGAGGGCAUGCUCGAUAACGUAAGUAGUAAGCUGUUGACUUUGUAAAAAUUUUAAAAAAUACACAAAAAUUGUAUAUUUAAUGAUGAACAUGUACAAUUUAACACUCGAAGGAUGAAAUUCCCAUGGGAGGAGUCUGCAGGUAAAGUCACUGAUGUUGAUAUUCAUUGCGUGUAGUUUAUUUCAACCUUUUUUUAAAGCUAAUUGCAGCAGCGUGUCUAGUUGAGUUCAGUAAAUAUAGAAUCUGCAAUUCACAACUUUAAUUUCCCUUUCCCUCUUUUAAAAAUUUCUUCACGUAGCAGUGUAUGAAAUCCUUUCCUGUAUAUUGCCUUUUUGCUGGAUAAUGUUGUAUGUUGAAUAAAAUUUUCUAUAAAAAAGCGUUGCAUCUGCUUUGUGCCCUGACAAAGUGAGAUCCCUGCGUUAUUAGAACUGAUUUUCUUUUUUGUUUGAGCAGUUUUACCUUUACAAAACGUGUUUCUGGAUACACCUGCAGAUUUUUCUGUAUUGUUGAAUGUUAUAAAAGUAGAUUUAGACCAA